AUGUAUAGACAAAUACCUUUAUCUGUUGCGUUCAGUAGUGAAAACCCUGACGUCAAAAUAAAGGGGAACAGAGUAACGUUUAAGUUUCCAACAGACUGGAUUGUGAACAUAAAUGAAGAGAAGUACAUUGGCAUAACAAAUAUGUAUAUAACACGUGCUUACAGAAAGGUUGAGUUUAUACUUCAAGUCGAGAUAGAAAAUGACGAACCGUCUUUAAGCGCCCAAAACAUUCACAUAUACAAAUACUUUAAAGACGAUACAACGUUAGAAGACUGUAUAAUUACAUUUUACGAAAAUUUUCAAAAUAGGCUCAACAUUGAAGUACAAACUUUACAGCCUUUACGUGAUUUUCUCGCACAACUGAAAGAAGAAGGUAGUCAGCCACAACUUAUGGCUUUUCGUUAUGAAUUUAAUGAAAAUGAAGAUGGAACACAUGACUGUCAAUUCAUUAUAUAUUCACCAUUCAAUGAAGUCGCUGAAGAGAAAAAAAUCCAUUACGUAUAA